GGAGAAUCCUUCAAAUCUUUCUCACCACCAUUGUGAGGAGAUCAUACUCAGACAGAGUUGCAACGUGUACCAUACUCUUCGCAUUUUAUAUAACCGACGCGUGAUAUCCCCCUCGGAUUCCAAUGGGGUCAGAGGUCAGGCCCAUCUCCUCCAGGGGACGGCAACUUCUGGACGACCUUGAGACGCUGGAGGGUCACUGGUCUGGAAAGGGGCGCGAACUCUCCUACAACCGUACGGAAGAGCCCCCCCUGGCUAUUGGGUCGGACGCCAUCGGUCACGGCGGCGCAGGAAGAGUGGUGAAGGCGAUCUGGACCCAUCCGAAUAAUAAUGCAGAGAUUGCUUUCGCCAGGAAGAGUGUCAUGCCCUCGGCAUCAUUCCCCAAGAAGAAUAUCGACAGAGAAAUUAAGUUGCUGAAGAAGCUUGAUCAUCGCCAUAUUGUCUCCUUUGUGGGAUCCUACGAUCAAGAUCACACCACACACAUCUUGCUGUUCCCUUGUGCCACGUGUGACCUGUCGGCCUUACUACGCGAGUUAGACAACUGUCAGGCAGGGUUAUCCCCACCUAAGUAUUUGUACGAGCUGGGAUGGAUCCACAGAGUGGACGGUGACAAUCUGAAGUCACUCCCGAGAGUGGUCGGCUCUCGCCUGGAACAAGUUUAUGGAUGCAUUACGAGUGCCAUCCUCUACAUCCAUAACAGGAAGAUUCGACACAAGGACAUCAAACCUAGUAACAUUCUAGUCGACCGCAACUCGUUCUACCUCACUGACUUCAAUGUGUCCGAGGAUUUCGAGGACAGGGACUCGACGGUGACCGCAAGGACCCGGUUUGAUGGGACUGAGAUCUAUGCAGCGCCCGAAGAAUUGAGCGGGGAGAAUCGGAGUCGCAAGUCUGACAUCUACUCUCUGGGUCUGGUCUUCUUGGAAGUCUUCACAUUUCUGAUGGGUCGUUCGCGGAAAAACAUGGAAGACACCAUCGGUACCACAAGCGACUUAGGGAAGUGGAGAAUGAAGCUGGGGAGCGACAGAUGUCAUCGGACCUACACUUGUUCCCGAUUAGCCUGGGCGACAAUGGUGGUACCGCCGACCGCAGCAGGCAAGAUAUUAGGCAUCCGAGACUUGAUCCUAGGUAUGUUAGCGAUGGACCCGGCUCAUCGCCCGAGCGCUUACGAAGUCGCCUCCCAACUCGCGACGAUGGAUCCCGAGGUCGACUGCAUGGGGAGUGCUGUCGCCGCUACAAAGACGGUGUAGGCUUCAAGGCCCUUUUGGAGAGGUAUGACCAACUGAAUGAAGAGCAUGAGAAACUCUCUACCGCCUAUGAGAGCGUCAAGGCCGCGAACAAGGAACUCACUUACGACUAUGAUAGCGUCAGUAAGUUCUC